ACUGACACGGCCACCAUGUUGGAUCAGGAAGUGGAAAGAGUCGGAGCAGGAAUCCCGAGCGGAGCUUAAAGAACUCGGCCGUCUUGAUCCGAUCGACCCCCCGCGCAGUCCCCACGUCCUCACCCUCGCCCCGGGUUUCAUGCCGUGUUGCUCGCCUGCCGGUCCAGGUCGCCGCUUCUCCCCGCAUCCGCUCGAUUUGCCGCAGCCGCGAUGAACUCGCUCACGCAGAGGACCUCGGGCCUCGUCCAGCGGCGCACCGAGGCCAUCCGCAGCGCCGCCGACAAGGAGAGGGAGUCCGGCGGGGAGGAGGAGGAGGCGCGCCGCGGGGAGGAGGAAGAAGACGACAAGGGGGACUCGAAGGAGACCAGGCUCACACUGAUGGAGGAGGUGCUGCUGCUGGGCCUCAAGGACCGAGAGGGCUACACGUCUUUCUGGAACGACUGUAUUUCUUCCGGACUUCGCGGGUGCAUGCUGGUGGAGCUGGCUCUCAGAGGGAGGCUACAGCUGGAGGCCUGCGGCGUGAGGAGGAGAAGCCUGCUGUCCAGGAAGGUGAUCUGCAAGUCAGACGCUCCGACGGGAGACGUGUUGCUGGACGAGGCCUUGAAGCACGUAAAAGAAACCCAGCCUCCAGAGACGGUCCAGAGCUGGAUAGAGCUAUUGAGUGGAGAGACCUGGAAUCCCCUGAAGCUGCACUACCAGCUGAGAAAUGUUAGAGAGCGUCUGGCUAAGAACUUGGUUGAGAAAGGCGUCCUCACCACCGAGAAACAGAACUUCCUGCUCUUUGACAUGACUACACAUCCACUCACCAACAGCUCCAUUAAACAGCGCCUUGUCAAGAAGGUCCAGGAGUCUGUUUUGGAGAAGUGGGUCAACGACCCCAACCGCAUGGACAAGCGGAUCCUGGCUUUGAUCCUUCUGGCGCACUCGUCAGAUGUUCUGGAGAAUGCCUUCGCCCCGCUCCAAGAUGACCAGUACGACCUGGGCAUGAAAAGAGUCCACACUCUGCUUGAGCUGGAGCCGGAGAAAGAGAGCGCAAAGCCCAAUGCCAACGAACUCAUGUGGGCUGUCGUGGCUGCGUUUACUAAAUGAAAACACCUGACUGGUUGGACUGGAAGAUCUGGCUGUGGUCUGUGUUAUUUAAUUGGUUGAAGGACUUCACUUAAAUCAGACAGACUUCACUUUAAUGAGACAAUCUGUCGGGGAGCCUGUUUGUACUGUACAUCUAUUCCGGAGGACAUUUGGGGGGCGGGGGGAGGGGCUAGUGAAUAUUAACCCAGUGCAAUCUGAUUGGUGGUGGGCCUCACCAAGUCACAUUUGGUUGGCUGGAAAAGUCUCUAAAUUAAAAGUGACUGGCUGCUUUUUCACAGUGAGGAAAGUGAUCUGUCCCUACGAGGCUGGGUUUACUUGGAAACACUGACUCUACGAACAGUCGGGCUUCUGUUAAUGUUAGACGGCAUCAAAGAACAAAGCAGAUGGCAGAAGUAGUCAUGGUGAAUAUGAAGAUUAUGACUGAGGCCAAUUUUCCCUUCCACACAAAGGAAACAUCAUCUCUCCAUUGCAAGACCUGACCAGAAUCAAACCCUGGUCUCCACACUCUUCCCCAUGCUUCUUUAUGCAAGGAUAAUGGAUAGCAAGCUAUUGGCGCUCUUUGCACUCACGCAGGUCUCCUGCUUCCACCUACUCAUUCCCACUUGUGUUGGGAGAGCAUGCUUCGGGUUACUGUUCGCAAAUUACCUGAACGCUUGACUGACUCCCUUCCAUCUCCUUUCUUCCUCAUUGCAUUGUGGGGAGGAGAGUGAGGACUGAUAUAAACGCAAGAUCAGUUCUCGCAUCAUCAAGGAUGAGCUGGGUAAUUUGGUGCUCAUCGACUGACCUGAAUGAAGAAUUAAACCUUGAGUCAAAGAAUAUCUUUUAUCGUAUUAGGUCGCUUCUCUUUAGCAAGGGUCCAUGCCAUUUUGUGUUCAUACAAGACGCGUCUUCCAUUUUUAUUUAUGUUGACUAGUCUGUCAGUUAUCAACUCUUUUGCACAGUCAAUAGCCCUGUAGGUUGGAUAGUAUUUAUAGGGAUUAUUCUUGAGUUGAGUAACCCACUUGUGAAGAUGGGAUUGUGAGAUAUUAACCUUAGCAUCCAUGGUAAAGAAAAAAGAGAUCUCAUUACAGUUAUUGAUCUCUAUUGAUGAUGAGUACUCUAAAAUCAUUCCUCUGGACUAUUUUUAAGUGUGACUUGCUCUUUGAAGACGUGGGGGAAAAGCUAUUCAGUCUGUUCAGGUUUGGAUCUUUGUGGAAAUUCCACAUUAGAUUUACAAUCUGAUGGUUAGCAGGGCUGGGAGUUCUUAGCCAAAUGUGCUAGUUUCAGUUUAGAAAAAACGUUUAAAGGGUUAAUUCACCCAAAUUAUAUAUAAAAAUCUAUAUAUAUUUUCUUAGGUAACACUAGUGGUAUCAAGCCUUGCAGAUAAUUUCUGUGAUAUAUUUAGUUUUGACACACUCGCCUCUUAGAUAUCUGCUCCUAUUCUAAUGCAAUGAGGGUGAAAUGAAUUUCUAGAUCAGCAGUAAAUAGGAUCCAAAUGCAACAUGUCAUGCAGGAGUUUCCCUGUGACUAUUCCACAGACUUAACGGAAUGAUUUUCUAAAGAAAGAUAAAGAGAUUGCCCCUAUGAGAACGAUGAACAGUAUGUCCUGUGGUUUAUACCAUCAGAUAACAACAGAGGAACGUGAGGACAAUGCAUUUUGUAAUCUGGGUGAACCCAGUCUUUAAGUUUCUCUCUUGCAAUGUAAUGUAUUUCUCAGUUUGUAUGUCACAUUAUAAUUUCCACCUAUUGUGUGUUGUAUUGAUUUAUACCUGCAGUUGACGGGGCCCAGAUGAAUCCUAGUUUAAUACUGAACAACAUGCAGUCCUAACGUGCUUUAGUGCAGGUCUGGGAAAACUCCUGUUAUCAUAUAAAGUCACAAUUGUAAACAUCAAUCUGGUUUGAUUGGUGUGAUACAUGUAUGAAGCUAUAUCAUCUAUUGUGACAUGGCAUAUUGCUGUCAGGUUUUUUUUUUUUAUACUACAAAACAUCUGUAGGUAUGAAGAACUCUUGAGAUCUGUUUACUGCAAAGAGACCAUGCAUGCUAUUGGUGGAGGGCUGGGGUACUUGUGGAUGUAGCUACAGAAAAAGGCUUGUAUAUGUCAUUUUAUGUGUACGAUCUAAUGGAAUUCAAUGAAAGGGAUCUUCUGUCCUAUCCUCUAUAGUUCUGUAUGCUUUUGUAUUACCACACAAAAUAAAGUAAGGAUCCUUUAAGUGCCUGAAUUUA